CAAAUUUGUGCUUUUUUUUAUUCCUAUUUUUAUUUCAAUUAAUUAAGAAAUCUUAAUCUUGAGAGUGUUUAAAUUUCUUUGCAGAGGUGAAAAUGGUUAGCAGGGUUAAUUAAGGGCUCGUGCCACUCCGCCCAUUGUUGGAUGCCUCAUUACCAUUCACGCGCCAAGUUCAAACGUGGUGGCACACGAGUUCAUAGCAGGUGAAAUGGCCUCUGUGAAUGCUAUGCAGCAGUGUUUGAACUUCUCUAGCAGUGGGGAGGACGACAGCAGUGACAAUAGCUUUGAUGAAUGGGCGCCAAGGAGUGUCCCACUUAGAAGCCCCUCUGCAGCCUGUCAAACACCCCGGGUCCAGCGCCACCGCCCCAGGAGUGUUACAGUUUCCCCAUCCAUUCCCACCUCUCCCAUACCUUAUGCUGCAUGGAAAAAACUUCGGCUUUGUGACUCACCCAGUACACCGAAGAGUUUGCUGUCGAAAUCAACCCUGCCCUGCUCCAGCACCAAGCCAUGUCGCAGUCAAAAAUUCCUUCACCUGUCUACAGCUUUUGACCGUGUGCCCUCAGUGAACAUCAACCCUUUUACACCAGACACAGUGCGCAGGAAUAGUGAGCACUAUAAGAGGAAGAGCCAAAGAAGUGAUGACGACGAUGAUGGACACAGAUUCAAGGAAACUCAAAACUCGUCAGAGGAUGAGUAUUUAUUUCUCCCACCGAAGAGGCUAGCAGUGUCAGCCCGCAUGCUGUCACGUUAUGAGAGUGAGUUUCUUGAGCUGGGCUGCAUUGGCGUGGGUGAAUUUGGUGCUGUGUAUCGAUGUGUGAAGAGGCUGGAUGGUUGCAUGUACGCCAUCAAGCGCUCACGUAGGCCAAUUGCAGGCUCUGCCAAUGAACAGCUGGCCUUAAAGGAAGUGUAUGCCCAUGCAGUGCUGGGACAUCACCCCCAUGUUGUCCGAUACUACUCUGCAUGGGCUGAGGAUGACCAUAUGAUUAUACAAAAUGAGUACUGUGACGGAGGUAGCCUCCAUGAUGCUAUAGCUGAAAAGGGAGAGCAGGGGGAGUUCUUCAGUGUGCCAGAGCUAAGGGAUCUGCUCCUACAGGUCUCCAUGGGGCUCAAAUACAUCCACAGCUCAGGCCUGGUGCAUCUUGAUAUCAAACCCAGUAAUGUUUUCAUCUGCCGUCGACCCAGCUCUAGUGCUGGUGGAGAGGGAGAUAGUGAAGAAGAGGAUGAAAGCCAUUCCUCUGGGGUUUUAUAUAAAAUUGGUGACUUGGGUCAUGUGACCUCCAUCACAAGUCCUCGGGUAGAGGAAGGGGACAGCCGCUUCCUUGCCUAUGAGGUUCUGCGAGAGGACUACACCCAUCUUCCUAAAGCAGAUAUUUUUGGGCUUGGCCUUACAGUGUUUUUAGCUGCUGGAGCUCCACCCCUUCCCCAGAAUGGAGAUGCCUGGCACAGCCUUAGGCAGGGUCAGCUACCUAGCCUGUCCCAGGAAUUACCACCACCCUUUAUAAGCCUAAUAAAGACGCUGUUAGAUCCUGAUCCUACUUUAAGACCUUCUGCAUCUGCAUUGUGUCGGCACAAUGUACUGCACAAAGAGAGGGCUGGGAAACUGGCUGCGCAGCUGCGUAGAGAGCUCAAUGUGGAAAAGUUCAGAACAGCUGUAUUGGAGAGGGAACUCCAGGAGGCCCGACUGGCUGCUCUCUCACCCAGGCAGUCAUCCCAACCAGGGUCACUUCCAAGAAUUGGGAGGAAGCAUGUGGGCAGAGGUGCAGCCCGCUCUGCAAGCUUUGGUUUCCCUGGAGACUAGCACUGACUGAGUUUAACACUGGAUUUGUCAUGUACUAUUUGUGCCAACCAGAUCUACAUACCCCUAUUCCCUAUAUGCAUUUAAGUGAGGUAUUUUAUUUUUAAUUACACAGCAUCUGUGUUACUACUGGUAAAAAUCCUA